UUUAAUGAGGAGAGUUUCAUCCGAACGCCGCUAUGUUGUUGUCCUGCCUGAGAUUAGUGUAAUAAAUCCACAUUAAUGUUUGGAAGGGGAAUGUUGGUGCAGUGUGUCCGGGUGCCGUGCUGCGUGUCUCCCCUCAUGCCCCUGCAGGUCACAUGGCCAUUCCCACAGUGCCCCGGUCUGGGCCGGAGGAUAUCCAGCUCAUUCGUCAUGGGCAUGGUGGGAUCCUACAGCUACCUGUGGACCAGUAUGUCUCGCUUCGUCCUCUCCACGUCCACUCUGACCCUGUGCUGUUCUUUUUUUUUUUUUAAUCUUGUCUCUGAUCACAUGACCUUCUGCUCCUCAGAGUAUAUGAACUCUCUGUCGGUGCACAACCAUGAAGUCCUGCUGGACCUGGUGGAUAAACGGCCUCGGGACACGCCCCUCAUCACUGUGUCCAAUCACCAGUCCUGCAUGGAUGACCCGCACAUCUGGGGUGUGUUGAAGUUUCGGCAGCUGUGGAACUGGAAGAGAAUGCGAUGGACUCCGGCGGCGUCUGAUAUUUGCUUCACAAAGGAAUUACACUCUUGCUUUUUCAGCAGAGGGAAGUGUGUCCCGGUGGUUCGAGGUGGAGGAGUGUAUCAGAGAGGAAUGGACUUCCUGGUGGAGAAGCUGAACCAGGGCGACUGGGUGCACGUGUUUCCGGAAGGGAGGGUGAACAUGACUGAGGAGUUCAUCAGGUUCAAAUGGGGAAUCGGGCGUUUAAUAGCCGAGUGUUCGCUUCAUCCCGUUAUCCUCCCGCUGUGGCACGUCGGUCUGAAUGAUGUUCUUCCUAAUAAAACUCCGUACAUCCCGCGAGUGGGAAAGAAAGUCACUGUGUUAGUCGGAAAUCCUUUUACAGUCAAGCACUUAGUGGAAGCCCUGAGAGCGGAAAAUAGAAAUCCGGUGGAAAUGAGGAAAGCGCUGACCGAUUUCAUCCAGGCCGAGUUCCGCACCUUAAAAUCACAGGCUGAAGCUCUUCAUCAGAGGAUUCAGACCAGCCGGUGAUCCAGGUGCAGCUCGAGAACCUACAGGACAUGCUGGAUAGAGACUAAAACACACACACACACACACACACACACACACACACACACACACAGAUCAGACUGAAUUGAAGUGAGGCUCUCUACAUGAGGCAUUUUUAUACCAGUUUUAGAUUUUUUUAAUGAAGUUACUACAAACGCAUCACAAUCAUGAAUGACUGUAAUUUCUACACGGUUUAUUAAAUUAAUUUCUAACCUGU